AGAAAGAAAGGGGAAGGGGAGGGGACAGUGAACAGGGGAAGGAGAAAGGGGAAGAGAAAAGGAUGGGAAGAGAGGAGAGAUAAAAAAGAAGGUGGGAGAAAAACAGAGAGGAGUGAGGAGAAAAGACACGGAAGAAAAAGGAGUCGAAGAGAAGAUUAGCUAUGAGAAGGGGAUGAGAGUUUUGACUUUGGAGACUUUGUCUUCCGGACUCGUUUUUGCGAGUGAUUAAAAGAAUCAGGCCUAGGAGCUUUUUUUUACUGCAAGUUUGAGGAAGAUGUGAGAUUUAUGAUCUCAUGGUCUUGGGUUUCACCUUUGAGAUUUCCAGAGUUGGGUGUUCUGUGAGUUUUAGCAGAGGUUGAGCUUUAUUUCGGACUUUUGUUUUGGUGUACUCUUUUGGGUUUUGGUUCUGUUUAAGAUUUGAGGUUUUUUUGGAGUAUAUCGGAUCUGUAGCCUUCUCUGUCCUCUGUCUUCUCUGUUACAGACUUUCACGGAGAGAUAAAAAAAAAAAAAACCUGCGUCUUCUCGUGGUUUAAGCACUGGUAUAUAUAAGACCGUGGUAUAGCUGGUCCAUCUAACAGGUAGCAUAUAUAUAUUUUGAGAGAGAGAGAUGGCAAACGUGUUUGGCAACCCCAUAACCGACUCGACCCUAAAAGGAAUGGCAGAGUAUGCCGACAGGGAAAUAACCGCAGUUGACAGGGCACGCAUGGCAGUUAACAUGAAAAACGCCAACAUGAAGGAUAUGAAUGCCCACACUUACGUGGAGAAUCUGAAGAGACAAUGGGGAAUUGAACGAUCCACACUUUGCCUCAUUUACAAUGCUACUGGGAACACUAUGAUGUUGGUUGGUAGUGAAGAUAGGGCUGGGCACAUUGGACCAGUCCCAUACCCAAUAGUAAUUCAAAAUGGCCAGUGGGGUGCGUUUUUGCAUGUUGGAGACUCUUAUGGAUCUACGGCAGGUGUUGUGUAUCGCGGCAAGAACGGAAAGAUAGGCAACGACUGUGACUACAUCAUGGCUUGGUCCAACACACAUAGAAGAGAAAAAAACAUAGGAGAUUACCACUCUGUCUCGACUGAGGCCCGUGAAGUGAACCACUUCACUAAUGCAGUACGGAGCGACUUAUUAUAUCAGAAGUCUCAAACGACUUGCUACAACUACCGCGACUCAUGGGAGGGAUGCUUGUCAAUUAUAUCAACUGGCAGUGGCACUUCCCCUGUGGUGGAAGCAACAUUCACUUUAGAAGAUGCUGUCAAUGCUUGAUUCGAUCCCAAUCGAGUCGGCUCCUACUAGCUAGCUAGUAAAGGGAGCUAAGGAGGUAUAUCUAUAUUGAGUUCGUAUGUUAUAUGUAUGCAGUAUGCUGGCUGUUGAUUGACCUUGUUGUUGGUCAAGGCUAGUUCAUAUUAUCAAUAAAUAAUGCUUCAUGCCUGUCUCAGAGGUUAUAGAAUAAUUUCCUUUCAGUUGUAAUUUUCGUCAUUUUUGUUCGUGUCAAACUUUCUAUUGGGUCUGUAUGCACUAUUACUGUUUGGUUUGCUUUUCCUAAAUUAUGUGUACCUACUCGAUCUUAUAUUUAAUAAAUACUUUCCUGAGUGUAUGUCUUAAA